AUGGCACUGAGGUUUGAGGCCCUGUAUCCCGAGGGGAUGUGUCCUGGCUGGAGCGUCGUGGUCAAGGGUGAGACCAGUUCCCACACCAGCAUGUUUGAAAUUAAUCUGCUCUGUGAUCCUGGAGACCAAAUUGCUCUCCACUUUAACCCUCGCUUCUCCAGCUCCAGGAUUGUCUGCAAUUCCUUCCUUGCCAACCACUGGGGGAAAGAAGAGGUCAAUAGCACCUUCCCCUUCGAAGCAAAGGAGCCAUUCCAGGUUGAAAUCUACUCUGACCAGGACUAUUUCCACAUUUUCAUUGAUGAAAACAAAAUCCUGCAGUACAAGCAUCGGCAGAAGCAGCUUUCCUCCAUCACCAAGCUGCAGAUCCUCAAUGAUAUUGCCAUUUCUUCAGUGGAAAUCACCAAACGAGGCCUUUACUAG